UCCUUCAAUGCAGUGAAAGUGUGACACAAGUAAAGCAUUGAAUCACUUAAACAACACUUUAAACACAAACACGUGUUUUGCUGUUAAUUAUUAUUUGAUUGUUAUUUGAUUUGAGACCUAAUCUUCAAUGGAUACGAUGGACGACAAGAGUGUCCAUCAAUUUAUGGCAACAUUUAUCACAAAAGAUAGUCGUUUUGCUAUUCCGUCGACUCCUUACGCGAUCAAUGGAUCCACUGAUGGUCUGGCAUUGAACUCAUUGAUCAAGACGUUAAUUGCAGAGACCUUUGAUGAUCAACAAAGUGAUCUUAACUUAGAAGACACUGAAUUUGACUUUAUUAUCAAUAAUAAGUUAUUACGAGUGUCUGUCCAAGAAUUUGUUGAAAAUGAAGAAACAUUAAGUGUUGAGAAUGAGCUGCAAAUUGAGUUCUUUGCCAAAUGGUGUCCACCRAAGCCACACAACUCACUACUUCACGACGAUUGGGUCUCUUGUGUUGAUUGUCAUCAUAAUUGGAUAAUAAGUGGCUGUUAUGACAAUUCAGUACAUAUUUGGGACCUAAACAGUGACGGAUCACAUAAGAUUGCAAUACCGGCUCAUUUGGCACCAAUUAAAGCCGUUAAAUGGAUUGUCAACGAGUCUAAUGAUAGUUCAAAUGAUCAUAUGUUUGUCACGACUUCUCACGACGAGUUGGCAAUUGUCUGGAAGUGGAACUCACAGUCAAAUCAAGUGGAAUAUCUGUUCUCUUGUAGAGGACAUUCACGAUCUGUUGAUUGUGUUGAUGUGAACAAUGAUUUGAUAGCCACCGGAUCUUAUGAUCAAAUGCUAAAGAUCUGGUCAUUAGCUGAUCCGAAACAUGAAUUGAAAGACUCGGAACCAUCGACUUCCGCGCAGAAGAAAAGCAAGAAAAAUGAUGGAUCAGAGAGAGGUGAUAAAAAUAGAAUUCCAGUUAUAACACUCAGUGGUCAUAAAGAAGCCAUCACUGGAUGUGUUUGGAUGAAUAAACUAUCGGAGACGAGCAUUGCAAACAUAUCCACCUGUUCUAUGGAUAAUACAAUCCGUAUUUGGGAUAUAGAAGUGGCAGAAAACAAACAAACACUCACUUCAAACAAAGCAUUUUUGGCCAUUUCUUACUCAUCAUUCAAUACCUGUUUAAUUACCGGUUCGUGUGAUCGACACAUUAGACUAUGGGAUCCCCGAACCAGUUCAGGAUCUCUAGUCUCAAGAGUUUAUACCUCACAUCAAGCGUGGGUUUCAGCCAUUGAUUGGAGUAAAACAAAUGAAUACCAUUUUAUUUCCGGUUCUUAUGAUAAUAUAGUUAAACAAUGGGACAUACGAUCAGCAAAUGCACCGCUUUUUGAUCUUAUAGGACAUGAAGACAAAGUUCUUUGUGUUAAUUGGUCUUCUGAUAAAUAUAUGAUUAGUGGAUCAGCAGAUAAUCACUUAAAAAUCUUUUCAAAUUUAGACAACAAAAUCAUAAAAUCAUAA